GGCAGCCAGGGCACAGAGGCAAUGAGCUACCAGCUCGGCUUAGCAGCAAGACGCUGGCAACAGGCACUCCCUGCUCCGGUUCAGCACCAUCCUCUACAGCCGCUAUGGUCUCCAUGCUUGCAGCAGCCUGGUGCUCGGUCGCUCUAGCUCUGCUCAUGAUCCUGCAUGAAGGGAAGGGCCAGGCUACCUCUACCCUGAAGCAGUCGGGGCUCUCACCCAGGACCCGAGGUGCCCACCUGAGGUUUCGCCGUUGCUCCUGCAGCUCCUGGCUUGACAAGGAAUGUGUCUACUUCUGCCACCUAGACAUCAUCUGGGUGAACACUCCUGGACAGACAGCUCCUUACGGCCUGGGAAACCCGCCAAGACGCCGGCGCCGCUCCCUGCCAAAGCGCUGUGAGUGCUCCAGCUCCAGGGAUCCUGUCUGUGCCACCUUCUGCCAUCGAAGACCCUGGACUGAAGCUGCGACAGUCCCAAGCAACCAGCCCCCUUCAGCCGUAUUACAGACUGGCAAGACAUGGGCCACCAACAGCGUGCUGCUCCAGAGGCUGAGGGACACUUCUGCCGCCAAAGUCCGCUUUGCCAGGCAACAGCAGGAGGCGACAAGGGAGCACAGGCCUGCACACUCCAGGCGGAGGAAAAGAUAGUGCCGCGAGCUACAGGAAUAUUGAGAAAGAAGCCCACCUGCCUUGCGAUGGGAGGAGAUGGGCAGCUCCUAGGAGAUCCUCCCGCCUGUCUCCUGGCCUAGCCACCCAGACCCAUUUGCUGGGGUUGGUGCAAGCUCUGACCUCCAGUCUUGGUAGAGGGAGCUUUGCUCAAGGCAGCUCCAUGCCAUCACACUGCCCAGGAGAACUCUCAGUCCCAGGUGGCAGGGCAGCCCUGGUGCUGGCUACUGGCCACCGCCCUGCUAGAAGGAACUGCAUGAGCAAUGGUGAACUUGAGGCCCUGUCCUGAGGACUGUCUUGUCUGUUUGGCUAUAAUGCAGGAACCAUCACGUAGCAGGGCUCACUCAUUCUAAGCCAGUCCUGGAUGCUGGAUGCACCCUGGCUGGCCCCUGUCUGCCCUCUCUAACUGCCUCUUCCUUUGCCCUCCCUCCGCCCCCGUCCUUGGGACCUUGUUGGUGAAAAGAACCUAUUCUGCUUCACACAUCUGUAUAUAACUUAUUUGCUCUAAGGACUUGGAGAAUCUCAAUUAUUUAUUUUAAUGUAUUUUGGGGUCCUCAGUUAUUUACCUGAACUUGUGUUUGUAUUAAACAAAGAAAUGAUA